GAUGGGAGUUUUGCUUUGGUGUGAAUCAGAGUCAAAUUGCAGCACACGUCACAGAAACUCCUUCACAACACGACACAUGACGGGACAAAGAGCGGAUGAAACCCGGCUCUCGUCUGGUUUAGCUUCAUCUUUCCAGAGGAUAACGGAAAUAAAACAGAGAUCUUAGAAAUGUUUUCUCUGGAUUGAAGAGAGAAGCACAAUCGCACGCGAGCAGAGCAUUCUUCGGGUUUCCCUUUCAACCGGAAACUCGCCAUUUAACAUCGAAGAGUUUUUUUAUGCAUCUGUUUUAUUCAAACGUCGAUUGAGAUUACAUAUCGGACAACCCAGCUAUAUGCGGACUGUAAAGUGUAAACAAAAUACAUAUAUUUCUGAAGGAAAGUGAACGGCGCUCGGUGCACGCGCCGCCCAUCGGAGAAUGACACGCGCGGCGUUUGGCGUUUAACUGAAUAUCAACUAUAUUUUUAGUUGAUUUAGGGGUUUUAAACAGUCAUGAUGUUCGCAGGAAUGAUCAGGGUGGAAAACAACUCAAACCACAAAACUGCCACCGACUCCAGGUGUCACCGGUGCGCUGUGAGGACAGGUGCUGUGAGUCCGCCGGCGGCAGCGGGAUGCCAUCGCAGGAGGAGCUUCAGACGCCCGGGAUACAUGCGUUUAGAGCCGCUUAACCAGUCACGUGACUCCGACCACGUUUCUGACUCGCCUACUACUGAGAACACUCAAAAGAGAGCUUUGAAAUUACCCAGCAGCCCCAGUGAGCGAUGGCUUGGGGAGGUCUUCAAGAGAGACAACGGCCAAGAAUCUUCCCAAACUCACCAUUUGGGUGACACUAAGGAAAAUUCCCCAGUGCCAUCGCACAACGAUUUCAAAUCCAGCUUCAGUUUCAUUCAGCAGUCGCUAGAAACUAGAGAUCUGUUAGAUGUGAGGACAAACAAAUCUGUGAGCAAACUGUCUGAAUGGGACAGAAGGAAGUCUGAAACGUCACACUCGGCUGCUUCAGAACCUCACACUGCUUUAGUAGUAAAUCACUUGAGCCAAUCGGAGAUCAGCACUGUUCCGAUUCGCCAAUCGGAGAUCAGCACCGUUCCGAUUCGCCAAUCAGAGAUCAGCACCGUUCCGAUUCGCCAAUCGGAGAUCAGCACCGUUCCGACUAGCCAAUCAGAGAUCAGCACCGUUCCGACUAGCCAAUCGGAGAUCAGCACCGUUCCGACUAGCCAAUCGGAGAUCAGCACCGUUCCGACUAGCCAAUCAGAGAUCAGCACCGUUCCGACUAGCCAAUCGGAGAUCAGCACAGUUCCGACUAGCCAAUCGGAGAUCAGCACAGUUCCGACUAGCCAAUCGGAGAUCAGCACUGUUCCGACUAGCCAAUCGGAGAUCAGCACUGUUCCGACUAGCAAAUCGGAGAUCAGUACUGUUCCGAUUAGCCAAUCAGAGAUCAGCACUGUUCCGACUAGCAAAUCGGAGAUCAGCACUGUUCUGACUAGCCAAUCGGAGAUCAGCACCGUUCCGACUAGCAAAUCGGAGAUCAGCACUGUUCCGACUAGCCAAUCGGAGAUCAGCACCGUUCCGACUAGCAAUUCGGAGAUCAGCACCGUUCCGAUUCGCCAAUCGGAAAUCAGCACCGUUCCAACUAGCCAAUCAGAGAUCAGCACAGUUCCCACUAGCCAAUCAGAGAUCAGUACCAUUCCGACUAGCCAAUCAGAGAUCAGCACCGUUCCGACUAGCCAAUCAGAGAUCAGUACCGUUCCGAUUAUCCAAUCAGAGAUCAGCACUGUUCAGACUAGCCAAUCAGAGAUCAGCACUGUUCAGACUAGCCAAUCAGAGAACAGCACUGUUCCGACUAGCCAAUCAGAGAUCAGUACCGUUCCGAUUAUCCAAUCAGAGAUCAGCACCGUUCCGAUUAUCCAAUCAGAGAUCAGCACUGUUCAGACUAGCCAAUCAGAGAACAGCACUGUUCCGACUAGCCAAUCAGAGAUCAGCACCGUUCCGACUAGCCAAACAGAACACAAGGUUUUCUCUCUAAGCAAUUCACUUGGGUCCAUUGGUCAGCAAAAAAGUAUUUUAUUGGCCCGAGAGCUGUGGCUAGCAGACCUGGAUGUACAGAUUUCGUCCUUCAUGACGUCUUAUGCUAAAGAAAGCGUCCAGGACUCUGACUCUGGCUCUCUGGACACUGAAGUCACGUCUUCGUUCUCCAUCGACUCGUCAGACUCGACCUCGGCCUCCUCGGUCACAUCCGGCUACGACAGCACCACCUCGUCCUCGGAUCACAGUCGAGACGCUCCGAUAAACAAGUGCGAGGAUGUUCUGCAAGACUGUCUGCAGAACAAUCGCACAAACAGCAAGAUCGAGUCCGUGAUGGUGAAGCUCCAGAGACUGCAGCACAAAGCGGUUCUGGAUGAUGAUUAUGACACAGCAGAGCACUUUGGUAAGAAGCUAGAGGAACUGAGGAGAGAGCGAGCGACGCUGAAGCCUGGUUUACCAUCCAGACAUCCCGAAGUCUCUGGAUUUCUGGAGCGUCUCAGAGCGGCCGUUCACAGGACAGACUGCAGGCGAAAUGGUGAACCGAGUCCCGAUCAGGGAUCAAGCAGCUCUCAGAGCCGGUUUCUAACACGAGAGAAACUGUUAGAGGAGAAACACAGGAUUCAGAAGGAGAUGUGUGAUCUCCAGCGCAGGCUUCAGGAGCUUCAGGAGCGGAGCAGAGCUGUGGAGGAGCAGCUGGAGCCCGUCCUCGGCGGCUGGGAUCCGGCUCAGCUGCGGCUGAUGGCUCGAGCGCUGGAGGACAUGAUCAGCUCUGAACACCGCGUGUCUCCACCCGCAGAGAUCAUCAGACUUCAAGAGCAAGAGCGAGCACUGAGAUCCUCCAUCAAAGAGGCAACGGCUAAAGUGGUGAUGAGUCAGAGACUGGGAUCUAGUGUACUUCAUGAGGCCAAGCUCGCAGCCCUCUCAGGAAAUGACUUCAGCAGCGCGAAGGAACUGAAGGCAGAAAUCAGGAGCGCAUACGACGAGAGAGAUCGUCUGGAGAGGAAGCUGAAGACUCUGAGCACAGGAAGUGGACGGGAUCUGAGCCACAUGAAGGAGCAACACAACCAGAUCAAACUGGAAAUACAGGAGAGAGAAGCCCAGUACGAGCGCAGUUUAAAGGAAAACACUCUGAAGUAUAUUGAGCUUCUGGAGGACAGACUUCACAGCUGUGGAAGUCCAGCACUGGAGCACAUUUGGGAGGCUGAUUUGGAGGCUUGUCAUCUCCUCCUAAAAGGCCUCGAUCAGCGCACCUCCAGCAUCUCCGAAUUGGAGGAUCUUCCCUUCAUCCCUGGAUCGGGUUCAGAUGUCCUGCCAUUCACUAAAGAGGAAGCGGACUGCGCCAUGUUGACCGCUCUAGGGGGGCGCUGGUGCCCCGAGGCUGACCUCCAACACUCAGAGUUCACUAAGAAAUUAGAGGAGUUUCUCUUCUGUUUGGAGGACGCGUCUCCUGAGGAUCUGUGUGGAGAGACGACAGAGCUGGCGGAGCGCUGUGAGCUCAUCAGUGAGCGACUGCAUUACCUGGAAGAGCAGCUUCAGACCGCCAUAGAGCAGCACGACGAGGACCUCACUCAUAUCCUUACAGAGCUCUGUGUGUCCGCAUGUACUGUUAGAUCAUUCACUCAUGUUUAGUGGUAGUCAUUUGUUCAAAUCACAAACUAUUUUCACUUAGUCAUAGCAACCACUCAGAACACCCAAGGCAGCACCCUAAAGCAACCUAGGAAUGCCCUAGAAACUACCCAAAACAUCUUAGCAACACUCUAGCAACCAUCCCAAUAACCCUAGCAAUGCAACAUGCUAGAGACCACCCAGA